AUGGGACGAGUGCAUCGACUUCUUCUACCACAAUCCAACCUGGUGUCCCGAAGCGCCGAUCUGGAUGUCCUCGAGAGGCGCGUUAAGCUGCAGCUUCAUAUCAUGAACGCAAAAAUCGACGACAUCAUCCUAAACCUCUACUCACCUGUCAUCCGACUUUCCGACAUGCAUCGACUUCCUCACGGGAUGACCAACGAAGGUCCUCCGCAGUAUGACAACACGACGCCGUCAAUGCGAGUUCCUGUCGAGGAGAAUACAUGGCCACUCUUCCAACAUCUUCUUGAGCUCAAUGAAGCCCUCAAGAGAGUAACAGCUCCACCCCUGGGUACAAUACAGCGUGAACAGCUCUGGAAGCUGAUCACUGCCCGAUUUCGAGAGCAUGAGUUGCCUUCACAGGGAACUCACCUAAUGUUCUCCAGGGACUUCCGAGUAAUGGACAGAAAGCAUCUUCGGGAAUAUUCUCAGCAGUCAUUGAAGCAGAGGCAGACUGCGUAUCGUACAGAAUCACUGAUUCCAACUGUUCGGAGACGUGUCUAUAGCCAUGAUGAAGGCACCGGUUUAGCAACUCUUCGAUUGGACUCCAGUGGCGAAGAGGAGACUCUACAUACCGUCGACGUCGUUACCAAGUCUGGGACAAGGUUGAUAGUUAGUACCAAAGAAGGCAGAGAGUGGGGGCUUGUACAGCACCUUCCCUCGAUCAAUCAAAUACAUCCAUACACAAAGCACCAGCUUUUCAACACCUCGGAAAUCCGGCUUUUCGAACCGUGCGUUGUUGAUGAGAGCGACGGUGCAGUCACCUGGCGUUACGAGGGACGUAAACCAUCUUACCAAUUCGAUUCUUCUUCCGAUGCAGUUGCCUUCCAAUGUGCCCUUCGGGGUAAAAUUUUGAAGCACACCUUUCAAGUCGAGAAGAUCAAUUCCGGGCGCGGUACAGAGGGUUCUGCUCAGCCGUUAAAGCUGUGGUCUGAUUUUUAUAACCAGAAUUGGUCACUGUCUUUUUUGGUCGAGCACAACAAGCCAUUUUAUCAUACGGACGUUCCCCUUGGCAUGCUUUCCUCCUCAAUAUACGCAAGUGAAUCGAGCAACAAAGUCCGUGUCGAAUUCUCCUCUCACAGAAAAAAGAGAGCUCGAUCGUCGAUGAGUGACCCUAGCAUUAUACGGCGUUUCAGUGGCAUCUUCCGUGCCCCUGUGGCCUUGCCAAACCCACGCCCUGCCAUCGAGAAAGCACAGGAAAACACGAAUACUCUUGCAGAGGAGGAGUUGCCUACAGAGGAUACGCGAUUCCUGACAUCCAUGGCUUACCUAAAGAUCGAGUUCUCGACAUCUGAUGAUGCCAAAUUGUUUCAAGAUACGUUGGAGAAAUUCUUUGCUGGAAUCGAUCCAGGUGCCCUGGAUGAAUCAAAAUCUCCAAGAUUGCCCUCGCCGCAGGCACCGGUGAGGCCACCUAGAGGCCCAAGCCCCCCCACACGGAUAUCCCCACCUUCGCCUCCUGUGGAGGCAAAUAAUCAGCUGUCUAGCGGCGCCAGUACCCAAACACGGAUAUCCCCUCCUCCACCUCCUUCUGUGGAGACAAAGUAUCCCGAUUACCGUAUCCGAGGCAUAGAUCCUGAUUGUCAAAGUUCCGAUCUGCUGUCUUUCAUAGGCCGCAAGCUCGAUCUCGAACCCAGCAUUGUUGGGCGUGUCAAGUCCCUUGCCAUCAGCUACACAGGAGAAUCUAAAGUGGCAGUAAUCUCAUUAAAACCUACGCCAGCGUGCCUUUCAACCGAGGGAAGGGACGAAUGGAUCUUUGGCCCAACUUCCGAGAAUGAUGACACACACAUUACCGUUGACACACACUUCCGUGGAGUGACGGUUCUUUAUGCGCCUCCUCCGGAAAUACCUCACACCAUCGACAUCUGCGCCGUUGCCGGCCUUGGAGGCCACGCCUGGGGAUCCUUCAAGCACAAAGGAACAUCCCAGUCGUUCAUGUGGAUUUUAGAUGAGCUAUCCAAACAUCUUCCAUACGCCAGAAUCAUGACCUACGGCUCCAAGACCAAACUCGAUAGGAACGAGUCAACCCAGAGUCUUGAAGAAUUGGGAGCGUUACUCCGAAGUGAGCUGCGAAAUGUGACCAGAAGACGCUCUCCGUCUACUUUGAGCUCUGCAUCGCCCCGUCUGGGGGCAUCCUUUGCAGUUCCUUCUUUUUUCAUUGCCCAUAGUCUAGGCGGGCUGACCGUGAAAGAGGCCUUACUGCAAGAGAAGGCGGACCCAGAAUUGGGCAGUUUCCUUGAUAACCUCCACGGGGCGCUCUUCUUUGGUGUCCCCAGUCACGGCAUGAAUAUCAAAGCGCUGGAAGCCAUGAUCAAAGGCCAGCCCAACGAGUCUCUGGUUAAUUCCAUCAGUUAUCAGUCACAGACAUUGCAAAAGCUCAGUCGAAAGUUCAAGUCCAAAUUUGCGAACCGGAAGCCCAAAAUCAUCUACUUCUACGAAAUGGAGCCAUCUUUCUCCCCCGUCAAGCUCGACAAUGGACAAUGGAAGAUGGCAGGCACCCCGAAGAAAAUCUUAGUUGAUAAAGAUUCGGCUACGGAUGGAGAGUUGUGGAGUGCAGGACAUGUCAAUUACCAUCCUCUGAAUCGUAAUCAUUCGGACCUUGUGAAAUUUAGUCCGAAUGAUGAUGAUUUUCGGCGGGUGUUGAAUGAAUUGAUGAAGCUGGUGGAGGAUGCUGAAGCUGAAUAUGAAGAGGAAUGA